AGCCUGCCAAGUUCAUGCUUUUUCUACAAAGUGCAGACUGAUUUGCUCUUGCGACUCACGUGACCAAAUCACAGCCUUUGGGAUUAGGAAAUUGCGUUGUAACAUGUCGCGAUAUUGUUGCAAAUGCGAUAAAUCGUUGAGCCCUACGUAUCGGUGCCUAUUAAUAUCAGCCAAGGACCUCUUUGCUGCCAGUGCUACAGUGAUCCUCUUAGUGUCUCACACACACACACACACAAAGCGAGAAAGUGCAACACAUGGACAGCAGUAUUUAGAGAUUUUUCAGAUGAUCCACAGUUACGUGAAUGGAAGCAGUAAAAGCAGACUAGAAACACAUUUACACACAUUUCUGACUUUUGGUCUGUGUCGCUCGGUCAGUUUUAACGCUGACAGAUGAGCUGGGGCGUAGCGGGUUUGGUCCGAAGCAGAUAUGACUCUGCAGGACUGCGCAGGGGCCAGAAUCUCUGGCUGCUGGUCCCUGAGGUCUGACCGCAGUGGGAGCGGAGAGGACUCGUUAGACCGGCUCCUGCCUCCCGCGGGGGCCCCUCGCAUGAAGAGCACCUCACUGAAUACAACCGAUCCUCCUCUGCUCCGCACAGGCACACGCACCGUCUACACCGCCGGCCGACCUCCCUGGUAUGACGAGCACGGAGCACAGUCAAAAGAGGCCUUGUCAUCCGUAUGACACUCGCUGACGAUGUUUUCACUCCUCCUGACUCUUUUCUUCCUUCAUCUCCUCCUUGCCAAAUUGUGGCUUUGUGAUGCCGAACCUGUUGUUUUCUGUCGUCCUACACCUAUAAACACUUCACUGCUAUCACACAUGCAUGCCGCCCGGCAACAUUAGACACACUCUGAAAACCACACAUAAUGGGCCAUUGAAAUGCUGUGUGGAUCUGCAGGGUUGUGUGGGGGCAGCGCCUCAGGGAAGACCACCGUGGCCAAUAAGAUCACCGAGACUCUGGAUGUGCCGUCGGUUGUGCUGUUGUCUAUGGAUUCUUUCUACAAGGUGAG